GUUGACCAUCUCGCUCACACGCCUGUUUGUGCGCUCUCGCUCUUCAGCAACGAAAACAGUGUGCAGUGCUUCUGAACGUCCCCUUGUAUCUCGGCAAACCACAGCACACUGUACGAACGGUACGGCCAGUCGCCGUCAGAACUUGGUAGCAGAAGCACCGAGCAUCAGCACUGUGGUUGGGUUGUCCGUAUCGGGGCGCGCAUCUUACCGUAACAAUUACUGUGGAAUAUAUUUUGGGACCGUUUUCCAAGUUGUAUUGCGUGUGACUACCCUUGUGUGACAAAGUUUAGGCAAUCAAUCAACAAAAACAUUAAACUGCAAAAACCAGUGAGAAACUGCAAUCAACCAUAUCAAUCGAAUAUCGGACUGCCAGUUUAAAAACCGAAAAGUAGUCGCGUGUUUCCACCUGUGUUCCAGUGUUCCAGUGUUUGUUGGAAAUAAAAAAAAGUUGUCUAAUUGUUUCCUGCUAUUCGAAGAUUAUUUUUGAUUUCCGGGAGAAAAUAGCGUCAACACUCUUACGCACAUCAACAAAGAAAAAACAAACCCCUAACGACGUCUCGCCAGCUUCAAUUGCGUACCGAAUGCUACAGUAGCGCGGGAAAAUCUAAACAAAAAUAAAGCAACUUUCCACAAAAAAAAAAAAAAUCAAAAACCCACGCUCUCGGUCGCCGAAGUGCUAGGGACGGAUUCCGUUUUGUUGCUCAUGUUCCAGUGUGUAUGUGUGUGUAUGUAACGCGUUGUGUGAGUGUGAGACGUUAGUGAUGCAAUUGCAGUGUCCUACUAGUCGGUUACCGUAGAAACGACAUCUUCGGUUUGACGAUUUAACCGAACAGAAGAACCCCCGAUUCCAGCAUCCACCCUCCUCCGCUGCAAGGAUGAGACCAGUGGCGGUGUAUUGAGACUGCAGCUGCACCUGCUGCAUUAGUCGAAUUUUGUUUGGAACAAAAACACACAAACACAGCAAGACAAAAAAGACUCGGUGACCUCCUCCCCGCCCCAAAAAAACACCCACGGCAAGACAGGGCAAAGUGUGCGCCAUUUUCCGUAUCCGGUUACACAUAAAAUGGCAUCACUGUUGCACACCGAUACCGAGUGUUGCAGCACGGAAUGAUACGCUGUCCGUACAUUCAUGAGAUGCAUGAACGUUUGUUAGGACCAACGCCGAGACGACCGCUGCCAAUAACAUUUCCACCGCUCGCCAAACCGGAAGUCAUGGAUCGCGAAAGUGACUGUCUGCUGGACAGCCGUCCCGAGAGCCGCCAGAUCGUCGGCACGGUGGUCAAGCUCAAUCCGGACGGGUUCGGAGCGCACACGACUUCGACACACCAUCACCAUCAUCAUCAUCAGCAGCAGCAGCAGCCGCACCACCGUACGCCGCUAGUGCCUUGCAAUGGGACGGACGACGAUGACGAACGUGCCGGAGGUCAUCAUGCGAUGCGGGACGGUGCCGGUACGAUAACCAGCACCAUUAGCGACUCGGAUGAUGACGGUAUUCAUCUGCGUACGCACCUGCGCAAGAUCAUCGAGGGACGCAAACCGAAAAAUGCCAAAACCUCACUCUUUAUAGUGACCAGUCUAGUCUACGCCAUGCUGCUAAUCGUCGUGUGCGUCGCGUACGUUAUCAGCGACGUCACCACGCACCGUCUGCCUGUGAUCUACUACGAGGGCUUCUUCACCUAUCUGUACGGUGCGAGCAUACUGUUCCUACUGUACGUGUUCUGCUUCCUGCUGCAAGAGAGUUCCUGCUGCAACGGCAAACCGAAACCACCGAAGGAGAAGAAACCGAAGAAGGAAAAGAAAUCGAAAAAGAAUGCCGAUGUGGAGGCGGGCAAGGAGGGCAAGGAUGGAAAGGAAACGGGUGCCGCAAAGGAUGGUGCUGGCAAGUCGGCCAAGGAGGAAGCGAAAGGCAAAGGGUCAUCCACCAAAGCUAGUUCCUAUCAGUACUCGAAAAAACAGGAAGUAUACCCGCGAAAAAAGCGUGAUCAGCUGCGCGAAUCACAGCGUCGCCGUGAAUCGGCAACAGCAGCAACCGAAGCACCAGUUUUAUCAGCAGCACCAGCACCAACGACACCAUCUGGUACACCCGGAACGCCCGCUUCACCGUGCGCGAGCAUAUCGUCUACACCGGCCAAACGGAGGGAUAUCCGGCCCGAACAGGUCCGGUUGCACGCGGAACCAUGCUGGGUGCAGGAAGCCACACCCAACCCGGAAGCAGCAAUGUCUCCACGGUUCAAGCGCAAAACUACUCAGGAUCCGGCUCACGGCAGUUUCUUCCUGCGUGUUGGAGCAAUCGCAUUCGGUCUCGGUACGAUGAUCUACACCGGGUUGGAGUUUGGAUCAUUCUUCGAGAUCCCAUUCACCUCACCCUGCCAUCAGAUACUGCGUGGCGUCAAUCCGCUCCUUCAGAUGAUUUUCACCUUUAUGCAGAUGUACUUUAUCUUUAUGAACGCAAGGCUCAAUAUUCAUCGCUUCAAGGUGCUGGCACGGUUUGGACUGAUGCAUAUAGUGGCGACGAACAUUUGUGUCUGGAUACGUACGCUGGUGCUGGAGUCGCUGAAGGAGAUCACUGCCUACCAUCAACGGCGCGGUCCGGAACCGGAAGAUUCCGUCAUACUGGAGAACAUCCGUCAGCAUACGCUGCGUAACGCUGGUAUGGUGAUGGGUACGGACCUUGGCCCUAGUGGCGAUACCGAGUGGGAACCGCUGAACGUGAACGUGAACGCACAGGAAGAUUUGCUCUCACAGGAUGCGUCCAGUGUGCUGUCGAAGAUAGUGCAGGGUACGGCGCAUACCAUUACGGAAGCGGCUACUACGCUGGUAACUGCAGCUACGUCCACCUCGACAGCGGCACCCACCACAACGACAAUGUCUUCGACGAGUACCUCCACUACGACGGCAUCCACCACUAGCACGUCCACUACGUCUACAACACCGGCCUGGAUUGAGCCGAACUCUGGUCUGGUCACUACCACCAGCACAACCGCCCGCGGACUGUUGGAACGUCUGCGUGAUGUAGUGGCGACGGAGACGACUACCACAUAUGAAACACAAUCGGACCAGUUCGGUAGCGGACAUACCCUGUCGACGGCAAACGCAGCAAAUGCCACGACCGCAACACCUUUAGCUGGGUCUUCGUUCCUGGACUCGUUCAUGGAUCAUGUGAACUAUCUCCAGCGCAACAGCAGCCUCGACCAGACGUACGAAAGCUUGGACUCACUGUUUCCAUCCGCAUUCAUCGCUACCUCGACUGCUGUGUCGACUAAUGCGACCGCUGUUAGCUGUGGGCGGGUCAACAUCAUGGGUACGAUCGUGCAGGACUCGGCCCCGUAUCUGUAUCCGUUCAUCAUCGAGUAUUCGCUGAUCGGUGCCGCCGUUAUCUACGUGAUGUGGAAGCAUAUUGGACGCUACCCGAAGUUCACUAACGAGGAAGAUUUGGAACACCGUCUGGAGGUGAUGCUGUCCCGCAGAGCGGUCGUAAUGGCACAGCAGGCCCGCACUGGUCGCGUCGAUUGUGUCGGUGCCUCGAAGGGUUUGUUCUUCGGUUUGCUACUACUCGUCGGUUCGCUCAUCUGUCUGAUCCUGUUUUUCGUGCUUGUUAGACACCCGCAGCUGUCCCUGUUAGCUAUUUAUCUAGCGGACGUCUCGCACUGUGCUCUAAUGGUACUGGCCAUCUUCGCUAUCAUCAUUGGCUUCAUUCGCGUGCAAAAUUUGAAGUUCCGCUGCGAGGAGCAGAGCAACCUGAACGAUAUACUGCUGCGCAUCUCCGCAUUCGGUCUGUUCGUGUACUCCACGUUCAGCGUUAUUGCCGGCUCGCUCAAUGCGUUCGAAAGUGAACCGAACUUGUUGGUGAUGGUGACGGGUAUUGUGGCGGUAGUACAGGUCGUCAUACAGCUGCUGUUCAUUGCGGACGUUUCGCGCCGGCGCGUCCACCUGCCGGAGCACGAUCGCAUUAAACCCGGUCGCCAGAUUGUGACGUUCCUGCUGAUCUGCAACAUCUCGAUGUUCGCUAUCUACACGUUCGAGGCACAGAAAGUGUUUGCCAACCCGGUGCAAUUGGACUUUUACGGCUUCAUUGCUUGGUCGCUGAUUCAGCGUGUCACCUUGCCGUUGUGCAUCUUCCACCGUUUCCACAGCGCCGUCACGCUAGCGGAGGUCUGGAAGACCACCUACAAGGCGCGUCUCGAGUAAACCAACCGUCAACGUACAGUCGCUGCGCAGUGCGGGUUGGGAAUUGGUUAAAGUCGUACAACAAAAUCAAGUUUCGUGUUUCGAAUGCUAACGUGGGGAGGGUAAAGCAACAAAUCCUGUAAACGCACACCUCUAUUAGGAAGAAAUAUCCCAUUAUGAAGAUAACGGGAUGGUUGGCCCCCUAAAUCGAAACAAAAGCAGAGCAGUACAGUACAGUGAACGAAAACCAAUGUCCCACGAAGCAAUGCAAUGGCGCAAGGCGAAAGGGUAUGCUCAACGAACAAAAACCACUUAUGCAUUUGGUACACAAAGCAAGUGUGAAGGAAGAGGAAAACAAAACAAAAAAAGAAGUGAUUUUGUUUGAAGAACUGUAUUUACUUCCUCCCGACAAUUUUUGGACUAGAUUCUAUUUCUCUAUUUUCCAAAAACGGAAAACAAAAAACAAUGAUAAAAGAAAAAACAAACAAAACCAAAAAACCAUUAAGCAAACGAAACAAACAGCAUGGUGGUAAAGUAACUUUUUUAAGAGAGCGAAAACGCGACAUACACAAAUUCUUAACUAUAACUUUACACAUUAAUAAUGAAUACGAAUUAUACAUUUUUACCGUUCCACCUAACUAUAUGCCCUCCCGUGUAUUUUUAAUACCGUCGCCACUGCCGCCGGUUGGACUGUUUUCUACUUCUGUUUGUAUUUUAACCUUCGUUGCUUAGGGUUGCGUUUACUACUUUCCCUACUACUUACACGAAUGAAGUACAUUAAAAUCUUCGACGCGGCGAAAAAAAACGGGGGGCAAUGUUUUUUGAGCGUAUCUCGACGCCGCUCAGAAAGGAGAGCUAAGAGCCCAAGAGGAAGAAAAAAACCUAUAUGUAUUAAAAUAAAAAAAAGAAUAAUAUAAAGAAAGAUUUGUGUAGACUAAUCUACACAGACACACAAACACACACACACUUACACAAACACAGUCGGCAAUCUGGUCGAAAAUAGUUUUACAUGAUGGCGGAAGCUACAGACGCUAGAGGCCAACUUUUCGAUUAAUUUAUUUGUUUCGCAUGUAUUGUGCGUGAAACACUCGAUACAGUUUGGAGCGCGAUUACUUAGUGGAUAAAACGUAAAUACCCAUAUAUGCAUUAGCAGUGAAGCAUGUUGUCGCGAACUCAUCCAAAAAAAAAAAGAAAAACAAAUUCAGUGAUCACGAUCUAGUGAGGAUUAUUUUAGAGAUAUUUUAUUUACGUUAAUCGUUUUUGUUUUUGCUUUAGUUUAAAAAAAGAACAUCUUUAAGCGCGAGUCAAUGAAAUACUGUUAAAAUUAUGUUUACCAAAGCUAGCUUCCUCCCAUGUGGGAGCUUUUGCGCUUUUCGGAAGGAAAAAUUGGUUGGAAGCAACACAACUAAAACCAAAACCCAUCGGGGGGACAGAAGAUUUGUUUGGAGCGUUAAAACCCAGCGUUGAGAGGCUGCCGGCAACUAAAAAAAAAAUUAUAUAAACGGAGCUCUCAAUACGACCAAAAAGCCAAUAAUAUGCUAUGCUCGUAAGGGAUGAUCCAAGGUUUCCUUCCGGUUUUUUUUUAUUUUUAAUUGUUUUCUGUUUUUAAAUUUUGUUUAAUAAAGCUAGAUUUGUUUCGAGAUAUACAGGAAUAAAGGAUGUCUUUUUUUUCGUUUUUAAUGUUCCACUUCACAUUUUCGCACGCCAAUUACAUCGAUCUGUUCGGUUACAUAACGAAGCCCAUUAUAGUAUCCGUUGAGAAGGAAUGUCCUGAAGAUGGUGGAAGUAAUGCGAUAAGCAUAUACGACCCUUUAGAAUAAAGCCAGAUUUAUGGUGUCAGUAUGUGUGCGUGUGUGGAUGUGUUUGAGUGUGUGCCGGUGAAAUAAAACAAAAAAUCUUGAUAAGAUUUUUUCCCUCAUAUACACACACAUACACAUGCACACAUGCAUACGAGACGAGCAUAUAUACACAUAAAAAAUAUAUAUAUAUAUACAUAUAUUGGUAGUUAUAAAACUUGCAAAUUUUAUUUAAAACCAACAAAAUGUUUCAACAAAUGCAACAUUACACGAGCGGUGCUGAUGAGAAGGUGCCAGAAGGUUUGGACUGCUGGUAAAGUCCGCUUGAGGGAAGAAGGAAUACAAGUGUGCGGUUUUUUUUUCGUUAGCAAAACUUUAAAAGCAUGCAAUGAACGAACGAUUUAAAUGAAACAACAAACGACGAACGCCAUAUUUCCGACACUGCAGUGCAACACGCAGUAAUGAAACCAAUUUUGAUAACGAAAAUAAUACUCGUAAUUCUUAAACCAAGAUAGAGAGAAAUAGAGCAGAGAGAGAGAGAAUAGAAGAGAGAGAGAGAGAGAGAGAGAGAAAGAGAAAAAGAGCGUAAGGGCAGUUAAUGACAGAACAAAAACAAAAAAUACCUAAAUGUGAAAAAAUAAACAGAUGCAAAGUGUACGUACGAUUUUUGUUUUCCACAGAUAAUUGUAAAAUGCUACAUAAGCAGUUUGUAAUAAUAUUCGGUUUCAUUUUUGGUCCGUUUUGAAAAUAGGUACUUGCUGCACGGUCGGCAAACAAACUCAUUGUGUGUUUGUUCGUAUAUAGCUCAGCAUAGACUACAUCAUUGGUUAGAAUAAGACGCAAAAAAAACAAAUUUAGCUUUUGCCACUCCUAAAAAAGUCGAAACAGAUUGUUGGUGAUUUUUUGUUUUGAUUUAUUUUUCAAUAAGAUUCCUCAUAAAUAAACAGCGGAAGUUAUAAAGAAAAACUUAUAUGGAAAUGUUAAAUGACUAUUGAAAAAUGUUUUUUUUGCUACCCUGAGUUUUAUAAUGCAGGAGUAUCGAAUAAUCAUCUGACAAGUUUGGCACUAUGUGUGUAAUCGUGUCUCAACACAAACAAACGUCUUAUCUGUCGAAGCGAGUGAAACGUCAAACGUUUAAGUGGCUGAGUAAUGCGUGCGUUAGUGUGCGGAAUGUAUCGAUACAAACAACAAACAAAACAGAAAACCAUUCGGUGUCCGUUUAUUCGAUGUUUUGACAUUUGCUUCCGUACGCACACUUUUAACGGGGCGUUAAACGGAAGACCAGUUUUUUUCUUGGUUUUGUAAACGGAGAGAACGCAAAUUAACCAAAUGUUUGCAAAAACAUAUAAACAAACCAAACGCCCUGCAUACUACCUUUUUUAGCGGAUACAACACACUGUUGGACUGGUUGUAACGGUCACAAACAAUACAUGAAUGCCCACCAUGUUUUUACAAACGUAUUUGAAUUUUAAGACCGAUGCAAGGUGAACCUGCUCGUAACCAGGAUCGAUUUUUCGAAAUAAAAACAACAAACAAAACACACAUCUCCACACAGCCGUAAUUGAUCGUUGAAUAGAAACGAGAACGUAAAGCUAGAUAUUGUCAAUGUAUCGAUAAUAAAACAAAGUAAAAAAAUGAUUCAAAAAAGGCAAAAAAUAAACCCCAAAAAAAGGUCACGCCCGUGUGUUUUUUUUUGUGUGAGGUGGAUUUAUACAAAAUAAUAAAACUACUAGUAAAUGCAUAUGAUAGUUUGGUGGAAGCAAGCACAUUUGCAAAUUGCAAAAAAAAACUCCGUAAAUGUUAUCUGUUUGCGGAAGAUGGAAGUAAACAAAAGCAAAACAUAAAAAUAAAGCCAGAGAACCAAAAACAUUAAAAAAAAACAAAGAAACAACAACUAAUAACAAGACAAAACGGGGUGAUGGUACAUAUUUAGCAAAACAUGGCAUACCUGGUUGAACAAACGCACAUACAGUACAGAUAAACACAAUGAAAAUGAUACCGAAACGAAUGAUGGAACAGUGAGGAGAUGAACACAAAAUGAAGAAAGAAAAAAAACAUCGAAUGUUUUAGAGAGAAACUACAACAACAAAAAAAAACAGCAACAAAAUCAGGAGAUACAAAACAAUGAGAAUAGAGGGAACAAAAGAAAGAAUGAAGAAGCAAAAAAACGCAGAAGAAACAAGCAACAAAACCAAAGGGCUGGACCAUUUAUGGGGCAUAUGCUAACGACUGUUUUGCAGAUAGUGCAACAAAUGCGUUUAACACUUUUUCAUGUUUGAUUUUUUUUUGUUCUCAAUUAAUGACAGUGUGUUGGUUAGCGAUAAUUGUUUAGUUCUUGUGUACAAUAUUUUGAGUGAAUGUGUGUUUGUGUAGAACAUGUAACUAAGAACAUGUGCCAUCAUUCAAUUACCAAGUACCAAGCUCCAUCAAAGCACUUGCCGACAUGUAUACACUAAUUUAGGUUGUGCAUAAUGAACGAUAAUGUAGUUUUUGAUAUUGAAUUUGUGUUCUUUUUUCUUUCUUCCGUUUUCUCCUACAUCGUGUGUUGUGAUGUGUCGUUUCCAGCUCGUGUUGGUUGUAUUUUUUAGGACACUUUAUCUUUUUUUUUAUAUAUAAGAAGCUAGCAGCAAAAGUCCAUACGGUACUUAGCGGGUAGGUUGAUUAGUAGUAGCAGAGGUGUGUAGUUGUGUGCGCUGGUCAGCUCAGAAUGCUCAGUGCUGGAAUAGAGAGAAAAAAAACACACACACACAAAAAGAUAGUGUGGUAAGGCGUGUUACAUAGCCAUGAUAAGAGUAUGAUGAAUAUUUGAAGGGUUCGUCGCUUACAAAAAUGAUGAGUCUUUUGAAUUAAUUCCUAAUAUGGUCCACAAGCGUCAUUCUAGCUCUUCCUGUUUUGUAUUGAAUUGAUUAGUUUUUUUUGUGAUUUUAAUUACGAAUAAGAAGCUAAAACACACAGCCAAGACAAGAAAAACCCACCCUCUGAACUGAUAAAAAAGAAGAAGAAAAAAUCGAUCGCAACUGCAGCCAAGUUGAUGUAGCAUAGUGACCUAGCGGCGAAGCUAGUGACGUUGCAUCGCACGUACUGACCACUAACGAGUAAGUGUAUCUAAACAGUCGUACAGUAAAUUCAAUUCUAGCAUAGUACAGUUCUUGAGACGAACCCCCAUACAGCGGCUCCCCACCCCCUUCCCUCCGAAUGGGUGACACAAACAUAACACUGCCGGCAAGAGCGACUGUUUUUCCCCCAUAAUCAUUGCAGUCCGUUUUUUCCCCCUCUAACGUAUAUAUUCACUAGAACCAUCAUUCGUCACACGUACAGAUACAGACGUCACAUUUUCUCUCACACACACACACGUAAAACAAAUACACAAAAUGUUAGUGAAGCCAGUUGAUUGUACUAGUAGAUGUGAGGGGAAAAUAUAGUACACAUUUUGACAACAAAGAAAAACCCAAAACCAUGCCACUUCUGAUCAAUAAACACGAAACUAACUGAAUAGCAAAACAAGUGUAAAUGCACACGUAUGCAUUCAUGUAUGGCCAUCCAAUUACAUAUCACCCUCGUAAAUCGCUCACGUGCUGUCAUGAUCAAAAGCAAGCGAUGGGUUGGACAAAGGAAAUGCAUUGCAAAAUGGUGAGUAAGAUUAGUUUGCAAGAAGUUGAAAGAAGAACGAAAAGAAAAAAAGAAAAGUUUUCCUAAUCUGUCGAAGGUAUAUAUGUAAAGCAAAAAAAAUCAAAGUCAGAAACGACGAUGAAAAAGGUAACAAACAGAAGGUAAAAGAGUGGCAAAGUGAUUGAGAUUGGUAGUGAAAUAUUUCAUGUGAAAUGUUUCACAAAUUUUAAUGUGUGCAGUGCAAACAAAAAACGGGGUGCACUAAUUGUAAUCGGAAUCGGAUAAAUGGCACAUGUCCUGUCGAGGUGAAUCGUUCGCUUUGCAACAUAACCAACCAGCCAGCAAAAGGAAGGGCAAAAAACAAAAAAACACAGACUAAACAGAGAAGCAAUUGAAUUUCCAAUCCGCCAAUCUGUCACACAAGUUAGCAUGCAAAGAACAAAAAAACGAGUAAAUUUCAAAUAAAAUAAAUACGAUAUAGCAUAGAUAAAACGUACAUUGCAAAAGAUCCAUUUCCAUUGUAAUCAUUAUUCUUACGCAAUUCAAUCUACGACAGCAGUAGCAUCCAGUUUGACGCAAAAGCCGACACGUAACGCAUUAAAAAAAAAAUACAAACAAACUUUCCAACUGUUUCCAAACGACCGAUGGAAGCGAGCGAGACCGAAUUUUAGUAUCGAUAAAGCGUAAAGUAAAGUAAAUAUAAAACAAAAGCAAAUCAAUUUUCUUAGAAAAUUGAGCCAUUAUGGCAAUAUGAACAUUAACACUGGUAUAGAAAGAAGCGAAACAAACCAAACAAAUCUACAAGAAAGUAAUCCCUCAUACGUUCACAACAUCAGCGCAAAAGAACAACAACAAAAAAACACACAAACUCACAUACCCACACUACCUACAUGUGAUUUGUUAAUGGAAAGUGUAACGAAACAUGUAUAAAGAAGUUUAUAUUUUGUAGUAGAAUAAGUUUCGCUUUGUUUUGUGUUAAGCAAAGCAUGAAAAAGCAUACAUACACACUUAUACCGCACACCAGAACAGAACGAACAAAAAUAGAAAAUACGUACCACAUUUCGCCACAUACGAAAGCGCGUGCACAGGAUAGAACAACUGAAAAAAUAACAAAAAACAACAAUCAAAGCAUUACAAAUACAUUAAACAAAAAUUCAUGCAAAACACAAACAGGAAAAUAAGAAAGUAGCGCAAAUGAAACAAAAAAAAGGGGGAAAAAACAAAAGAUAAAAAGAAAACAGCUACCGAAAAAGGCGAUUUAACAACAGAUUAUAAGAAAUGUUUGUAUAUUUUUAUAAUGAAGCAAAUCAAAUUUUGUUAAACAUGGCCCUCAAUUAUUGAUCGAAAUCCCUUUCCCUUUGCAAAAACAAGAUACGAACAAAAACAAAACUACGUACACUUAGAAAGAAAGCGAAUGAAAGAGAGAAAAGGAAAGAGAGAAAUGGUGCGCUACAUGUUAAAAUCACAAGCUUGAUAGCAGGGAAAAAAGGGUGUUAAACAUUCAAAUGAUGCGUCAGUUAAAUCUAGCGGGGAAAGGGAUCUAGAUCUAGUUGUGAUUAUGUAUACAUUGUACCUUCCUUACGAAACAAAUGAAGAAGAGAAAACAAAAGUAAUCAAAAACAAAAAAGUACAGAACCGCAUUACAAUGGUGUCGGAUGUGGCAAGGAACGCAUGUUACUGGCAGACAAAGUUUAAAGAAUCUGACAUGGGAAAUGUAUCUACAGAAAUACGACCCGUUUACGUAGUUGUAUUUUGUUUUAUUUAAAAUUUAUGUUUAAUUUCAAAAAGUAACAUAUUCUUUGAAUACCUUUGAUACAAAACAAAUAUUCUUUUACAAUUUUAAAAUAAUUGUGCUUAAAUCUCCUUCCCAAUUAACUAUUUCGUGGUUUUAGUUUAGCUAAAAAGGGAAUUUGUAUUAAAACACCAUAAUUUGUCGUGAGCACUGCAUACUUUCAGGCGCAGCGCUAAUUCGUAUUACCCGCUAUUUGUUGAUUCCCUUUAACAUUAAAAAACAAUGAUUCUGCUAAACACUUUAAGCAAGCGAAUGCAAUGAAAUGGAGAAGUUUUGAAAUGGAAGUGAACGUCUGCUAUCAUGAGGCACCUUUCUAGGGCAGAAGCAAGCUUUCGUUGACCGUUUCUCGGUAGUAAGCAGGUAGCAAGGAAGCAAACGGUGGGUUAAAUAAAACAAAAUAUAGAACCACCUGCAAACAAGUAGACAACGUAGCGACACUACGCUUCUAGACGUUAGGAAAGAUGUAGCGAAUGAGCAACUGGUAAAACGGAAAAAGGAAAAGAGCGUGCCGAACAUUGUGGGCGUUUUUCGGUUUUUCUUUUCGGUUUGAUUGUGUUCCGAUAUAGGGGCAGUGCUCACUGGAUUGCGGUUCGCAAGGUUAAAUUACAAUAACGCAAAGAUACUAGUGGCAUCAAUCUAACAAAAAAAAAAACAAACUAAAUGAUUACAAACAACCAGAAGCACACGCAAAGCGAGCUAUGUUUCGCAAUACCUAAGCAGCUAUCCAGGCGGCUUAGCGUGUGCGUGUGGGUGCGGGUGCACCCGCACCUAUGUGUGAGUGUGUGUAACGAUCGAUCUCGUAAGUGUAGGAAUCAGUUGAUGGAAUAAAAUUUGAACCUAUUUGGCUAAAGAACUGUAUCGAA